AUGUCUGCUCUCACACUUGUCCUUCUUCUGUCUGCUACCACGGUCUCUUCUGUCUUUGGUGCUUCCUCCUGCGUUGGCACCAUCUCAUCCUUGGACGACGUCGCCGCUGCGGUUAAGUGCACCACCGUCAACAUCAAUUCCUUCAUUGUCCCCGCGGGCAAGACUUUUGAUCUUUCCCUCGCCGCUGGCACUACUGUCAAUCUGAAUGGCGACGUCAGCUUCGGUAACCAGACCUGGGCAGGUCCCCUCUUUCAAAUCAGUGGAAGCUCCAUCACAUUCAAUGGCAAUGGUCAUACGUUCAACGGUAACGGACCAUUCUAUUGGGAUGGACAGGGCGGGAAUGGAGGGGUCACGAAACCCCAUCCAAUGAUGAAGAUUAAGAUCUCCGGCACAUUUACCAAUAUCAAAGUCUUGAACUCUCCAGCACAUGUCUAUAGUGUUUCCAACCCGGCUCCACUAGUCAUGUCAAAACUGACCAUCGAUAACUCUGCGGGAGAUGCUGCAAACUCUAAAAGCGGCGGUAAAGCGGCUGGUCACAACACCGAUGGCUUUGACGUCAGCACCACCGACCUGACAAUUGAGGACAGUACCGUUUACAACCAAGACGAUUGUAUUGCUAUCAACAAGGGUUCGAAUAUCGUGUUCCAGAGGAAUACUUGUGUUGGUGGGCAUGGUAUCUCCAUCGGAUCGAUCUCGACGGGGGCUACUGUUUCUGGCGUGAUCAUCUCUGGUAACACCAUCACGAACAACGACAACGGCCUUCGCAUUAAAACCAAAGCAUCCGCUACUGAUGCGUCUGUCUCAAAUGUAACUUACUCGGGUAACACAGCUACUGGCAUCCGGAAGUAUGGCGUUCUCAUCGACCAGAGCUACCCCGACACGCUCGGCACUCCCGGGAAGAAUGUGCAUAUUUCUGGCAUCACAUUCUCUGGUGCUGAGUCAGAUGUUGCGGUUGUCUCUGGAGCGAAACGUGUAGCAGUCAACUGCGGGGAUUGCACAGGCACUUGGGACUGGGGAAAGCUGAAAGUCAGCGGUGGCUCCGCUGGUUCGAUCUCCGGCUUCAGUGGAAUCGAGAAUUUCAGUCUGUAGAUAAGUCUUGGGGAGUUUCAUCUAUAUAGAAUGUCGAUUUGCUAUCUAUAUGCCUGCGCUAUCCAAGCUUCAAGCUUCAGGUUUCAGGGAACAGAGGAGAUCAACUUAGUUAUCGAC